AUGCGGCCCCGAUUGAAGCCCCUCGCAGAUCUCUGCACAAGAUGCAGCCGAGCUUCACAACGACCGUUUAGCACAACCCUCCGCAAAGAUCGAGGCUAUGUACCAGAAUUCGUGCCCACAUCAGAGCCCGCCCUCGAUACCAUCUUCAACGACUACCGAGAAAAGGUCUUCAUCCCAACCAGCCUGUCACAAACCCACCAGCGGCUGAUUUAUCGACCUACGAGACAAGGCGUCCUCACCAACGAUCCCGGCGUCUCAGUCAGUAUCACCGACGAAGAGGAGGUCCAACUUAAACCCAUGAAGAUGUCAGAAAGACCAAACAAGGUCGAAACCUUUAGACAAAUACUCAACAUCUACAAGAACGGAGCCUCGGACGAAGCAUGGCAGAAUGUGUACCCAUUCCUACACGGCCUGAAAGACUCUCCAUACCACACGACCAUGGCUUUUGUCGACGCCCUGGCGCGAUAUGCAAACAUACACAGCAAGCACCAGGUCUUCAUGGAGUGUAUCGAGUACCCUCAAGACACUGGCGUCCGGCUCUGCCAUCCGUACGUCACAGAGAAGAUGUUCCUGGGAUGCCAUGACCGUGCUGUAGCCGCUGGCUUCAAAGGCAAUGCAUUGAAAGAGUCGCGGACUCUGGCAAGGCGGCUUGUGGCGUUGAUGGAAAAGGAGCACCAUUGCCGAGGACGAAUUCCGGACAAACACUAUGACAUGCGCUACAGUCUAAUGGUGCACGGUGUCUUGCUCGAGCUGCACGCUGUGGCUGGCGACAAUAUUCCCGAGCUACAGAAUGCCGUUUCUCGAGUACUUGCUCUAUCACAAGACCAGCAGACCGGUGCUGUCGAUCUGUCCUUUCCGGAAUUUGGGCAGGCUUACCCGCGUGCGGAAUCUGGCCGGUGGACUGACAUUGGUGCCGCCGCUAUCAUGACUCGCUCACUCAUUCCACUCUGGAGUGGUAUGAAGUUCGCCAGCAAGAUCCCGGAGGGAGUAAGAAAAGAAGAAAAGACUGCAUUUGCGCAGCGUCUCAAGGACGUUAGCCAGACGUUACAGGAGCGGUUACAGAAGUUCCGGGAAGUGGCUGCAAGGGAGCCUGAGAAGCCGAGAGAACUCGAGCGGUUCGUGGCGGCCAUUGAGAAGAUCCAUGGGCCGGUUGGGAGCAGCUAA